GGGUGGAGAAAGGGUCAUCAGAGCUUGAUAAAAGCAUGGUGGAAGCGGCCCAGUGAAGCUCGUUGCUUUGUGUAAUUAAUAUGUCAUAAUUAUAACGGUUCAUGAAGAAGGAUAGUUAGUAUACAAUGUGUCUAUUAUAAUACUUUUUAAGUGUCUCAUCAAUUUGAAAUAUUUUGAACAUCUUAUGUGUUGAGGGCAUGGAUAUAGUCAGUCCUAUCAGAAUUUUAACCAUUUGUUGAAAUAAGUAACCAAAUGUCUUUUUUUUUUUCUGUCUUGAAAAAGGCUAAAGCCAACAUAGGUUGGCUUGGGCAGAAAAGUGCAAUGCUGAACUUCACCAGAUGUCGACACCUGAAACAGAUAACGCAGAAGUGUUUUUCCAGUGUGCCGGUUCAAGUGUGGACUCGCACACAACUCCUGCUCUCACGAGCCUUUGCACAUCCAGAACCAGGAAAGUCAUGGCACUCAACCCACGCUCUUCCUGGAGACAAAAAUAUUAUCCUGAUGGGGGCUCCUGGUGCAGGGAAAACAACAGUGGGCAGAAUACUAGGUCACAAACUAGGCUGUUGUGUCAUCGAUGUGGAUGAUGAUGUCCUCGAGAAAGCCUGGAACAUGAGCGCUUCUGAAAAACUGCAGGAUGUUGGUCAUGAGCGAUUUUUAGAAGAGGAAGGAAAAGCCGUGUUAAACUUGUCUGCAUCUGGAAGUGUGAUUUCCCUCAGUAGGUCCAAUCCCAUGCACGAUGCUAGCAUGUGGCAUCUGAAGAAAAAUGGAAUCGUUGUAUACCUGGAUGUGCCUCUAGUAGAUAUAAUUGGUCGUCUGAAGUCAAUGAAAAUUGGUAGGAUUGUUGGUCAGGAAUCUGGAAGAUCCAUGAGAGACUUUCUGAGGCAUCAAAGACUGUACUAUAAGAAGUGGUUUGAUACUCGAGUCUUCUGUGAGAGCGGGGCUCCGGCCGAGGAGGUCGCGGACAAAGUGCUGGAUGCAGUGAGGAGAUAUCAAGAUGUGGACUCCGAGACAUUCAUUUCAACAAGGCACGUUUGUCUUAAAGACCAGGACAAGAAGUUCCCACCAAAAUACUUCAGCGAGGCAGUGAUUGAGGGGCUGGCAUCCGAUGGUGGACUCUUUGUUCCUGAGAAGGAGUUUCCAAAAUUAAGCUCUGGGGAGUGGAAAAGCCUAAUCGGAGCAACCUAUAUAGAAAGAGCACAGAUACUUUUGGAAAGGUGUAUUCACCCUGCAGACAUACCUGCCACCAAACUGGGAGAAAUGAUCGAAACUGCUUAUGGGGACAACUUUGCCUGCUCCAAAAUUGCCCCCAUCAGGCACCUCUCAGGCAACCAGUUCAUCCUGGAGUUGUUCUACGGGCCGACGGGCUCCUUUAAAGAUCUGUCUUUACAGCUCAUGCCUCACAUUUUUGCUUACUGUAUCCCAUCAAGUUGCAAUUACGUGUUACUAGUAGCUACUUCUGGAGACACCGGGAGCGCAGUCUUAAAUGGUUUUAGCCACCUUAAUAAAAACGACAAGCAAAGGAUCUCUGUGGUCACAUUUUUUCCAGAGGAUGGAGUUAGUGAGUUUCAAAAGGCACAGAUAGUUGGCAGUCAGAGAGAAAAUGGAUGGGCGAUAGGUGUCAGGUCAGAUUUCGAUUUUUGCCAGACAGCUGUAAAACAAAUAUUUAAUGAUUCUGAUUUCACUGGCUUUCUGAUUGUGGAAUAUGGAACAAUCCUAAGUUCAGCUAAUUCUAUAAAUUGGGCUCAACUGCUUCCCCAGGUAGUCUAUCACGCAUCUGCCUAUCUUGAUCUUGUGAGCCAAGGGUUUAUUUCCUUUGGAAGCCCAGUAGAUGUCUGUAUUCCCACAGGAAACUUUGGCAACGUAUUAGCAGCAGUGUAUGCCAAGAUGAUGGGCAUCCCUAUUCGAAAAUUCAUCUGUGCCUCUAAUCAGAACCAUGUUUUGACUGAUUUCAUAAAAACUGGACAUUACGACCUAAGGGAUAGGAAGUUAGCACAGACAUUUUCACCGUCAAUAGAUAUUCUCAAACCUUCAAACCUGGAGCGACAUUUAUACCUGUUGGCUAACAAAGAUGGGCAGUUAAUGGCGGAUUUGUUUAACCAGCUAGAGAGUCAGCUCCACUUCCAAAUAGAGAGGAUGCUAGUGGAGAAGCUGCAGGAGGACUUGGUUGCAGACUGGUGUUCUGAGGGAGAGUGCCUCGAAGCUAUCAGCACCACCUACAACACGUCGGGGUACAUUUUGGACCCACACACUGCUGUUGCAAAAGUGGUUGCAGACAGGACACAAGACAAAUCCUGCCCAGUGAUCAUCUCCUCGAUAGCCCACUACUCCAAGUUUGCACCCGCCGUCAUGCAGGCCCUGAAGAUUAGUGAACUCAACCAGACGUCGUCAAGCCAGCUUUACUUGCUGGGCUCCUACAACGCAUUACCGCCUCCUCACGAGGCUUUACUAGAGAGGAUGAAGCAGGAAGGGAAGGUGGACUACCAGGUGUGUGCAGCGGAUGUCAGUGUCCUCAAGAGUCACGUGGAGAAGCUGAUCCAAAAUCGGUUCUUAAGGCAGUCCGAGUAGAGGAUUUUUCUUGGUAAGAAGCAAAAAUAAAUCCCAAGAGUCGGCGUGGACUACAAUAGCAUUUUGUUUUAUGUAAAUGUUUAUGUGUGCAUCUGUUGGAAAUUCCGUGUCCUGAUCCCCGGGACUGACCGUUACACCUGCAGUGUACCUCCUCAGGUCCUCCGGAAGAGACAGAUGCCAGCAGAGUCCCUGGAACCUUGUGCUGUCAAGGUUUCGUCUCUGCUCAUGGGGGGUAUGGCAGUUUCUCCUUCACCCCUACUUCUGAGAGGAACAAAGUAUCUGGUAUUUAGCUUGGCAUUUAAAAAUAUUUAAAAUAAUAUUUAAGUACUGCAUCUGUACCCAUUCAUUUACUGUUUAUUCUUCAAACAGUUUGCUGCUUGAGAUAGUUAACUCACGGAGAAGCAGGAAGUUCACUAAGAUUAGAGUCAUCGUUUUUUUAACCCGUUCAAACUCCAUUUUUGGACAGCAGUUGCUUACAUAUUUCCCAGACCAUUCACUGCUCUUAGAAAGUUUGUAGUUAGGCCGAUGAAGUUUGAAAAUCAAGCCAACAUUUAACUCUAGGGUGCAGCGGUCAACAGAAAUAGUGAACACAGAAAUAAAGAAAACCUACUUCAAGAGGAAGGUGUUCCCAAAUCAGUAAUGUCAAAAAGUUUUAAUAAAAGUAUAAUUAUAGACAGCCA